CUUGGCUCGCGAGCGGACGCUUUAACUCUGUAGCCGAGGCCAGUCGAAACGAGUUUUGCUAACUGUCGCGCCGUCUCGUCUUGUCUCGUUCCCGUCGCUGGCUGCGUCUGCGCCAAGUGUUUCGUAAUUUCGACAGCAACAACAACAACAACAACAGCAACAGUGGCUGCUGGCUGGGCGAGCAACAGUUGUGCCAGUUUCUUUUAUGCAGUUCGCUUUUCAUUUCGUGCGAAUUUUCGUUGCCGCGUGUGGAAAUGUUUUUCGUAAUGGCCGUCUGCAUGCAUUGAAGUGUUGAAACUGCAAACGCGGCCAAGUGAUGUGCGAUACGCACGGUAGACCAGGACAACUGACGCAGCUACCAAGUGAGAUACGAACUCGGCAGGAUUAUGAGAUCGCAUGUGGCCGUUUAUCGUGCACCAGAAAACACAAACGGUUGCCAGUUCGCUAGAUACGCGCUCCACGCGCCACCAACUCGUCAACAACAGCAGCAGCAGCAGUCCCUACAGUCGCACGCUAUUUGGAACACUGCUGCGCCAUCAGCGCCUGCCGCCUGCUAUAAUCUUCGUGCGCAACUGCAUCAUGGCAUAUACCAUGCGGCUGCAGGAGCAGCAGCGGCGCCACAGCCCCAGCAGCUGUUGGUCAAUCAGCAGCGCAUCAAUGAGUGCGCCGGCAUACCGCUCAUAUCGAAUGCCUGCAGUCACUUAACUCCAGCACAGCGUCAUCGGUUGCACCGCAAGUCGGGCAAACCGUGGCCGUCAGCAGGCGCUCAGUCUAUGUCCCAACUGGCGGUGCAUGCGCAGGGUCAGCCGUUGCUGCAGAACAUCAAGCAACAUCAUGUGCAUUUACAGCAGCAACAGUUGUCGCAGCAAUCCUGGCCGGCGCAUGCUGCCAGCUAUCAGCUGCCCAUGCGCAUAAAUAAUUUUCAAUUGGCGGAUAAAUCGCGUAUGUUGCGCUAUCAGAAUUCAGCACCUGCGGUGCUCAGUGCUCAGGAGCAACAGAAGGCACUAAACAGCAUUGGCAACAACAACAACAGCAACAGCAACAACAAUGUCAGCAGCAGCAGCAGUAGCAGCACCAGCAGCAGCAGCAACAACAACAGCCAUUGCGCUGGUCAGGAGGCAACUUCGUCCGUAACGGACACCUGUCUGCCGCGAAUCAUUAAGCCGCGCAAGCGUCGCAAAAAGGAUCGAAAGCCCGCUAAUGGUGUUUUGCUUAAAAUAGAUGCGGAUUUGCCGACCAAACUGCAGCAUCCUAAUCAUCAUCAAGCCAUUAACACAGGCGGCUAUGCGCGGAUGCUGCCCAUGGCCAGAGACAGAGGCAUGCAGCAUGAUCAUAGUCAUGGCGUUUGCUUUUGCCGCGACUGCGAUCCUUUGCGUUCACUGUGGGAUUAUCCGCUGCGCCGCUCGCUGUCCGAUGCCUCCUCCAGUGGGCAGGGCGCUAGUAACUCAAGCAAUUCGUCAACGUCCACGCACUCGGAUAACUCGUGCGCCAGCUCGAUUUGCUCACAGACUAUGCCUAACAAUUUUGAUGAGACGGAACAUUUUGCGCCCAUCACCGGCGACAGCAGUCGCGCCGAAAUUGUGGGCGUCAUUGGCUCACAACGAAGUAGUCACGCCCACACAGCAUCAGCAAUGGCAACGCCAACUGCAACGGCAACAGCAUCAACUCCGGCAUUGUAUCUGAGCGACUCGAGCGACUCGGGCUAUGGCGACAUCCUAAGCGGCAUGAAUAUUGCCAACGAUCUGUUUGCCAGCUGCUUUGGCAAUGCAGCGGCUGCCAACGCAGCUGAGACGCUGCUCGACGAGAGCAUCAACGAGAUUUCGCGCAAGCUGAUCGAAACUUGCGCCGUAAACGAGCCUCCAUCAAAUGAGGUAGACGGCAGCAGCAGCAGCAGUGGCAGUGGCAGCGGGAGCGGCAGUGGCGAUGGCAUUGCUGGCGACAGUGACAGCUGUUCAGCAUCUGCUAGCGACAGUGGCUUGGAUAGUGCUGGCAGCUACAGCUCCGAGGCGCUUGUCUUCAAUUUUGAGCAUUUGAAUUUGAUGGAUAAAAAUUUUGAGACGCCCACGGCUUUGGAUUUUCUCUUAGACUGCAACAACAAUAAAAGCAGCAGCAGCGACAGCAACAGCAACAACCACAGUGCUGACUGCAAGGCAACGGCGCAGCAACAAUUUUAUAACAAUUGCUUUGACUUGGUGUGGUGUAGCAACGGCAAUGGCAACGGCAACGGCAACGCCAAAAGCUGCAACAGCGACAAUAUCGCAAGCCAAAUGACAGCUGGCAAAGGCGGCGACAGCAGCGCCACACCCACAACUUUAAUACUAGGCACAGUUGGAAAAUUGAAGCCAGCAUUUUCCACCAUCUCGUGACGAUAAACUAAUCACACAUCAACGUAAUCCAAACCAAAACCAAAAGCCCACGAAACGAUUUGUUAUCGUUGUUGUUGCUGUUGUUCCAUUUCCCUGUUGGGAUUUACGAUCAACACGCUUCGACGUCCCAUUGGAAAUUUGAGCUAAUUGCCAAGCCGUUUUCAUGUGGGCUGUGUUUGCGUGGGCGUGUGCGUUGCAUAACCCGAACCGUUAACCCACAAAGUUAAGCGAGUUGUCAGCUGAAGAGAAAUUGAAACGAAACAGAAAAAAAAAACAAAUAAAAAAAUAAAAUAUACGAGACAUUGAAAUUAAUGCGCCAUGGGCGCAACAACAACAACAACAUCGUCAUCAUCAUCAACAUUUGGCGAUAUGACUAAAGAUGUCUGCGCUGGAAACCUUGUAGAUCUGCCUAUAUAAAUAUAUAUAUAUACAAAUAUAUAUAUACAUAUGUACAUGCUACUUUCACUUUCACUGCGGCGGAAACGAUUUGUUUUUGCUCCGACAAGCGUCGAUUCAACCACAAAGGCAACAGCAACAACGACGACAACAGCAGCAGCAGCAGAAACAACAACGAAAACUCUUAUGCAGAUUUUUAGCCGCAAAACUUAUAGAAAUCGUGCCUUGACAAGAGGCCCAGCAAAAAAAAAAAAAAAACAAAAUUGUAGAUGCGAAUAAAUACUACACACGGCUACAACUGUGUAUAGAUUUAUCAGUUAGACACUAUA